GUGAGUUCCAGCUGUGUCUCAGCACCAGACCUGCACGGCCCCAGUAAAUCUACGCCACAGAAGGAUCGAGGCUCCUUACCAAGGAGUAAAAGUGUGGAGCGAGUGAUGGAGCACGUGAUGGAGCAUCACUACGAUUUUGACCUCACCUACAUCACAGAGCGGAUCAUCUCUGUCUUCUUUCCUCCAGACCUGGAGGAACAGCAAUACCGCAGAAACCUGCAGGAGGUGGCUUCCAUGCUUAAAUCCAAGCACCAAGACAAGUUCCUGCUUUUGAAUUUAUCAGAGAAGAGACAUGACAUCACCAGACUGAACCCAAAGGUGCAAGACUAUGGCUGGCCUGACCUUCAUGCUCCACCCCUUGAUAGGAUCUGUGCUGUAUGUAAAGCAAUGGAGACAUGGCUGAGCUCUGACCCCCAAAAAGUGGUGGUCCUCCAUUGCAAGGGGCACAAAGGCAAGACUGGGGUCAUUGUGGCAGCAUAUAUGCACUACAGCAAAAUAUCAGCAGGGGUCGACCAGGCUCUCACCACUUUGGCCAUGAGGAAGUUUUGUGAAGACAAAGUCUCCACGUCCCUGCAGCCCUCUCAGAACAGGUAUAUUUACUACUUCAGCGGUCUGUUGUGUGGGACUAUCAAAAUGAACAGCAGCCCUCUGUUCCUCCACCAGAUCCUCAUCCCUUCGCUGCCCAACUUCCAGUCAGGUGGAGGUUUCUGUCCUUUUUUGAAGGUCUACCAGUCUCUGCAGCUGCUUUACACCUCAGGUGUCUAUGAUCCUCAGAGCUCCAGUGCACGAAAGCUGUGUGUGACUCUGGAGCCAGCACUACUUCUGAAGGGGGACAUUAUGGUGAAGUGCUAUCACAGGCGGACGCGGACUGCAGAGAGGGAGGUGGUGUUCAGAGUGCAGUUCCACACCUGCACUGUUCACGGAGCCCAGCUGUGGUUUGGAAAGACUGAACUAGAUGUGGCCUGCACAGAUGACAGAUUCCCUCCCGAUGCUACAGUUGAGUUUAUCUUUUCCAGUGGCCCAGACAAAAUGAAAGUCCAUGGAUGCCUGAAGAAUGACAUCGCUGUCAAAGUGGAGUAUAACACAUCAGAUCCAGUAGUGAGAUGGGAUUCCUAUGAGAACUUCAACCUUCGCCACCAAGACAGCAUGGAAAAUAUAUCUCAUACAAGAGGCCCUCUAGAUGGUAGCUUAUAUGCCCAGGUGAGGAAGCGAAGAGGGCCAGGCUCAACUGCCUCAGCAGUUUCACCCAAUGGAUGUCUCAACAGCAGUCCAACAGUGAAGCCCCAAGUUCAACUGAGGGAGUCCUCUAACCUCACAGCCCCACAUGAGAGAGAAACCAUUGGUUGUUCAUCAAAAACAGGAGACAAAAAAGAUAGCACAAAUGAAAAAACAAGGGGUUUGGAAAAGGAGCGGGAGACUGAAAUUUUGGAUGAUGGAAGCCCGUCAAGUCCAGAGAGGUUGAGGCAAGAUGGCUCAUGUUGUCAUCGUGCAGGUAUGAGGUGCCAGGAUGUGGCAUGGGAGAAAGAGAAAGAAACACUUCUUUCAAAUGGCCACUAUCUCAGCCAAUGCAACAGCAUUAAAAAGCAUCCAAAAAGUCAAACUCUGCCUGCCCUACCAUCCAAAUCAAUGUCCUCACCCACUCAUGUGGAACUCUGCCAUCGACACAGUGCCCAUCCAUUACCCAAACUACCAUGGGAACAUCCACCACCACCACCACCACCCCUGCCUUGUCUCCACAGGCCCUUCUACCAUUACCCCUCCACUGAACACACCCAACCACACAGCCACACCCUUCCAGCCUCAAAUAGACUCUGCACUGGGGAAGAGUGUCAUGUCUUCCAUUACUCAAGCCAUGGCCCUUCCCCUCACAUCUCUCAUCAGUCUCUGCCCUCUAGCCCUUACAGAGAAAUGUUCUUCAGCUCUCCAACACCAUCCUCAGGUUGUCUUUGUCGGGAAUGCUCCAGCAGACGAGACCGCCAUUCACUCAGGUCAUCUCACACAUUGCACUCAGAGCAGUCAGAAAACCCACACUGGUCUCCAAACACAGGAAUACAACAAGCAAGGGAGGGGACUCCACUUUGGGAAAGCGAAAACCCCUGGGAGGUGUCAAGAGAGGCAGAGUUCUGGCAGCGCAAACCAGCAGUGCCAGCAUACCGUGUGUGCCCAACUGCUUUCAGUCACUCUCCAAACUCAAAUCAACCUCGAAUUAUUGCCAGACCACACCAAGGUUACUCCAGUCCACAGUCUCUGAUGGAUUUGCGGGAUGGAGCCAGUAGUGGGUACCAUACUCCACCCCAGCCUCCCCACUCUUGCCCUUGCUCUUCUUACCAGUCAUCCCCUGCUGAGAGCCAUGAGAGUCGGGGUUACGUCUCAGGCUACCACUCUGGAUCAGCAUCUCCUUUGUUCACCAAUAGUCCCUCCCAAGGACAAAGCAGAAUCCCUGAGAUUACAUCUGCGUCCAGGAAUCAGCAGCACUCUGACCAUCACAAAGUAGAAAAGGUCCAGACUGAUGUGGAGGAUGACAUAUCCCAUGGUUCAGAUGGCAAAUCUGAUUCUAAUGGCCAAUCAAGCUCACAUGGACUGGACUCUGAUCAUGACUACACUCUUAUUGGUGGCAGCAGUCCCACACACACUGAAGACAGUGUAACUGUAGACAGCACUCCUCAAAGCCAAGAGACUACAGACUCUACACAUCUGGAACCUAGUAGAAGUGGAAACAAAGCUACCACAGCAUUACUGACAAAAACAUACAACCAAAGAGUCAACAUAUCUAAAAGCACUGCACAAGGAACACAUGAGCAUGCUCAGAGUACGAGCACUAUAAUCAGUAUGGGAUCAACCAAAGUCACAGGAAGUGCUGAGAGACCAAAGCGAUCAGAAGCAUCAGGUCAGCCCUCUAUCAUCAUCCCCUGCACCCCGGUCCAAGUGCAGCUCAACGGUUCUGUUCUGCCUGUGGACACCCAUUCGGACACCAACAGAGUUGUAAACACUCCGUCCAGCUUCACUUCUGCCCCAUCUUACCAAAAUUCUCCUGUUAACUCUCCAGAGUUGCGAUCUUCUCCGCAGUGCUCUCCACGGACUCCAGACACAGAUAGCUCAGCCAACAUCAAACCUCCGUCACCUGUGCCAGACGGAUAUAACACACCAACCUUCCCCUUGGCAUCAUAUUACUACCCAUUACUAAACGUACCGCGUGUCCCAUACACGGGGUACACAGCGGUCACCAUCCCCACCUUUCAGCCCCCACUGCCAGAGAAGAAACGCCUUUCCUCCACACCAGGAAGUGUACAUGAACACAAUUCUCUUCUUCAGACCUCCUCAGCACCUACUAGUCCACUUCAUGUUACAUUCUCAUCACCUGUAGGGGAGCAAAGUCGAGGAUCUUCAAACGCCAGCUGGACAGAGGAGUCAGAAAUCCGGGUUAAUGCCAAAUUUGUCCAAGAUAGUUCUAAAUAUUGGUACAAACCAGGCAUCACCAGAGACCAAGCAAUAGCUGUACUGAAAGACAAGGAACCUGGAAUGUUCCUCAUUAGGGACAGUAACUCCUUCCAAGGGGCCUAUGGUCUGGCCCUCAAGGUGGCUACCCCUCCUCCUAAUGCCCACAUCACUGGCAGUAAAGGGGAUCCUCUGGAACAGCUGGUGAGACACUUUCUCAUCGAGACUGGACCACGAGGAGUGAAGAUCAAAGGCUGUCAGAAUGAGUCCUACUUCGGAAGUUUAUCUGCUCUGGUGUACCAACAUUCAAUCACUCCCAUCUCUCUGCCAUGUGUGCUUCAGAUCCCAGAAAAGGAUCUGGUUGGGGAGCUUCAAGAGACUCAGAGCGUCACCAGCACCAGCACCGCCGCUGACCUCCUCAAACAAGGAGCAGCAUGCAGCGUACUCUAUCUGAACUCUGUGGAGACCGAAUCACUGACGGGGCCGGAGGCAGUUUCUAAGGCAACCAAAUGUACUCUGGCGCUGAGCCCACGUCCUGUGGCAACAGUCGUCCACUUUAAAGUGUCUACUCAGGGAAUCACUCUGACCGACAGCAAAAGGAGGUUAUUUUUCAGGAGACACUACCCAAUAAACAGUGUGACGUUCAGCAGUGUUGACCCACAAGACAAGAGGUGGACUAACUCUGAUAACACGCCAAAUAAGAUGUUUGGUUUCGUGGCUCGUCGGACAGGUAGCACGAGCGAGAACGUGUGUCACCUGUUUGCAGAGAUGGAUCCUGAACAGCCGGCUGUGGCCAUCGUCAACUUCAUCAACAAAGUCAUGCUGGGACCACAACUACGCAGAUGAGAACUUCACAAUGUUUCAGACUACUGGGAAUCUGGAAAGGCAUUUGUAGAAGAAAUAAAACAUUUCUCAGUGUGUUUUUGCAAAUAUUUAGGCAGGUGGCAGCACUCUGUCAUGCUGUGUGGUUUUGUUUUGUUUUUUUAUAUAAAGGAAUCAGUCAAACAGUUCUCUGCUCUGUGGGAUAAAUUAUUGUUCAUUAGUCUGUAGAGUAAGCACAUCCAGAGGAAGCAUCUGAGACCCAGCUUUGCCAAAUAACAUUCACUGAGGGUUUUUUUUUUUUUUCUACCGUCAAUAUAAUUAUUAUCAGAAGUGCAACAUUUUUGGUUAUGUUUCAAACAAUUCACAUGACACAUCCACUUUAGAAAUGAUGAGAAUGAUGAUUGGGUGGAGAAUGUUUCACAUUUCUCACUCAGUGUUUCAAGAUACAGUGAAGGUGGUUGAGAAUGUGAGGGUAAAAGUAAUGUUUUUAAGG